UUCUCUGUUCCUGAAGAUCAUCACAGAGGAGCUGCGACUAUCAAGCCAUGGCUCAGGUGUCAGUGCUUUUCCGUGAUGUGUACAUAGACUUCUCUCAGGAGGAGUGGGAGUGCCUGACUGAGGAGCAGAGAGAUUUGUACCGAGAUGUGAUGCUGGAGAAUUACAGCAACCUUCUUUCAAUGGUCCUGGAAUCAAGAUGUGAGGCCCAGAAAUUGUUUUUGAAGAAGGAGCUUUAUGAAAUAGAGUCAGCACAGUGGGAGAUAAUGAGAAAACUCACAAGACAGGACCUUCAGUGUCCUAGUCUCAGCGGUGCCUGGGAGUGGAGUGGCCAGUGUGCGAGACGGCAUGGAUCUCAGGAGAGACAAUUCAGUGAACUGGUAAUCAGUCGUGAAGACACGCCCACCCUCAGUCAGUAUCCAUCCUUCAGGCUGCAGCAAAUCCUUAAGAAUAAAGAGAAAUAUUGUGCAAGUAAAGAAAAUAGGAAACGCUAUAAACAUGCCUCACGGUUUACUACUCAUCAAAUCAUUCGUACCAUCGAGAAACCGUAUGAAUGUAAGGACUGUGGCAAGACCUUUAGACACCCCUCAGGACUUACUCAUCAUCACAAAAUUCACACUGGGAAGAAACCCUUCGAAUGUAAGGAGUGUGGAAAGACGUUUAUCUGUGGCUCCGACCUGACGCGACAUCACAGAAUUCACACUGGUGAGAAGCCUUAUGAGUGUAAGGACUGUGGAAAAGCCUUUAGUAGUGGUUCCAAUUUUACUCGCCAUCAGAGAAUUCACACCGGGGAGAAGCCUUAUGAGUGUAAGGAGUGUGGGAAGGCCUUUAGUAGUGGUUCCAAUUUUACUCAACAUCAGAGAAUCCAUACUGGAGAGAAGCCCUAUGAAUGUAAGGAGUGUGGCAAUGCCUUUAGUCAGAGCUCACAGCUUAUUAAACAUCAAAGGAUACACACUGGGGAGAAACCCUAUGAAUGUAAGGAGUGUGAAAAGGCUUUCCGGUCUGGUUCUGACCUCACGAGACAUCAGAGAAUCCAUACUGGAGAGAAACCCUACGAAUGUAAGAUUUGUGGGAAAGCCUAUUCUCAGAGCUCACAACUCAUCAGUCAUCAUAGAAUCCAUGCCGGUAAGAAAGCCUAUAAAUACGAGGACUGCGGAAAGAACUUUAACUACGACUCACAGCUUAUUCAGCAUCAAAACAUAUAUUGGUGAUAAACAAAAACACACAAGCUGUACGUGAAGACUCAAAGCUAUCCGAUAGUCUACCUUUGAAAUCCCUCUAGACUGAAGAAUGUAGAAACAGUUUACUUGUUGACCUCAGCUUGUUCAUCUGAAGAAAAUUCAUAUUGGAGAGUUGCCCUAUGAAUAUAAUAUAUUCUGGAGGCCUUUUAGUAACUUCCUAUUUCUUCAUUCAGUCUGCACAUCAUUGAAAACAAUCCUUUGACCUUAAACAUCAGAAUUCAUGUAGCAAUAUAAUCAUGGUUUUCGUUGUUUCCUUAGGGUUUUUUAUAUAUCUAUAAUUGUCACAUUAACAUUUUAAUCCAUCUUUACAAACCUUUUCUGUUAGUAUCGGAGUUUACAAAAUACCUUGAUUUUCAAAGUUAACGGAAGUGCCCUUUUUAAUUUGAAAGGUGGUUUAUUCUUUGGCUUAUUAUAAAUCAUGCUCUUGUAAGCAUGUUCACAAAGAAUUUUUAGCUUUGACAAAACACAUUACAAAAGCAACUUGAAGAGUUUGUCCCUGCAGUAGGAUCAUGGCCCCACAAUAGCAGCUGCCUGGGGUUAUCUUCGAGACCCCCAACCGAGCCAGACUGAGAGAUCAAGAAGAACUUCAGACGGAGCCAGAUAAUGGAGUGGAGUUGGCUUUAUUAAAAACAGGAAGCAAGUGUUCCAAGAGAGGAAGAGUAGAGCUCACCUGCUAGGAGAUGUGCCUCUAGGGGAGAGUCACUCACACAGUUAGGUGCUUACAGUGAGAACCUAGGGGAUCUUGGUGGCUCUCAAGUUACAUCUGAAAAGACUGCUAAGAAAGCAACUCCUUUCUAACAUUACCCCCAAAGUGUCAUUUGUAACAAGGUUAAGAGUUAGAGAAUUUUAUAGCUGGGCAUGAUUGUUUAAUCCCAACAAUUCAGGGGGCAGAGGCAGGUGGGUCUCUGUGAGUUCGAGGCCAGCCUUGUCUAUAGAUGAGUUACAGGACAGACAGGGCCACACAGAGAAACCUUGUCUCAAAAAAAAAAAAAAAGAAAAGAAAAGAAAAGAAAAGUUCAAAGGAGUUUUUCUCAAUAAAUGAAGUUGUAUGGUGGUUGGUUUAUGAGGAGAAUCACUUAGAUAUAGACAAAAGAAUGCUAGGAACAUGAGGGUUAUGCGUCAUUUAAAGCCCCAGUGAGCACAGCCUAAUUGCUGUUGAUACCUUGAUGGAGAUGGCUUCUUGGAACAGUACCAACUGGCACGAAGGUGGAGCAAUUUUCUUUAAAGUUUUAUUAGUUUA